AUGGUUACUAAGUAUGCAUUUGAGGCACUUGAUAGAACCUUGAGAGAUAUAAUGAGAGAUAAGGUUAAGGACAACAUGGACAAACCGUUUGGUGGAAAGACAAUAGUUUUGGGUGGUGAUUUUAGACAGAUAUUGCCUGUCAUUCCCAAGGGUAGUAGAGCUGAUAUUGUGAUGGCCACUGUAAACUCAUCUAGGUUGUGGAGGCAUUGUAAAGUUCUAACCUUAACUGAAAAUAUGCGGUUACUUUCGAACUCUUCGCCUGAAGAGAGAGCUGAAGUGAAAUCUUUUGCUAAUUGGGUUCUUGAUCUUGGCGAUGGCAAAUUAGGAGAGUUUAAUGAUGGUGAAAGUGAUAUUAUAAUCCCCGAUGAGCUAUUAAUCGAGCAAUCGUCAGACCCAAUUGCUGAUAUUGUGAGAUUCACGUACAACAAUAUCGUUGAAGACACUGUAGGUGCUGAGUUUUACAAAGACAAAGCAAUUCUUGCCCCGACACUUGAUGAAGUUGAUUCCAUAAAUCAAUAUGUGUUGUCAUUAUUUAAUGGUCAGGAAAAGACAUACAUGAGUUCUGACUCAAUUUGGAAGGCGGAUGAACAAGUUGGAAUAACAGCUGACUGGAUCACGACAGAAUUCUUAAAUGGCAUCAAAUCUUCUGGUAUCCCUGACCAUAAGUUGGUGCUUAAAGAGGGCGCCCCAAUCAUGUUGAUGUGCAAUCUUGACAUUUCUUCGGGUUUGUGCAACGACACGAGGUUAAUUGUGGAAGAUCUUUGCCCGAAUGUUAUUGGUGCAAUUGUCAUUACUGGUACGCACACAGGUCAUAAGGUUUUUAUAUCACGAAUGGACUUAAUUCCGUCUGAUCCGAACUUGCCAAUUAAGUUCAUGAGGCGUCAAUUUCCUUUAUGCUUAUCAUUUGCAAUGACCAUUAACAAGAGUCAAGGGCAAAGUUUAUCUCAUGUGGGUGUAUAUUUGCCGAAGCCUGUUUUUACACAUGGUCAGCUAUAUGUUGUUGUUUCUAGGGUGAAGUCAAAGGCUGGGCUAAAGAUUCUAAUCGGUGGCGAUAGUACUAGCACACCCGGUGCCACUAAGAACAUUGUCUAUAAAGAGGUGUUCCAAAAAAUUUAUAAAUAG